UACAACUACAGCAUAUAUUUUCUCCAAAGAUGUCUCCUCACUUCAUCACUUUCAGGGCAAAUGCGAUUUCUACUUGGAGAACAUGUCAACCUUCAGAUCUUCUCGAAACCGACUCGGCGACACAACACCACCUGAAGUACUGGAGUUCAUACAGAAAGUCAUGGACAAAAACGCUAUUGUCAGCGCACACCUCUACCUCCGACAGCUGGUGUUUGAAACAAUCGCAUUGUGUGCCAAAUUUCAUCUGGAUGAAGAAAUACCUCGACAUCUCACCCCAUUAGAAGAGGCCCUGGAGCUGGAUGUCCGGGUCAGUGUGGAGAAAGAUGGCGAGGACUGGGACCAACAUCAUGAGGUCACACAGCAGCUCAUCAAGGCACAGAUGAGGGAUCACAAACUUAUUCGACCCUCCCGGCGGCAGCUGAAGAAGCACGGAGGGUCUCACGCAGAACACAUCAUGCAACAGAGAAGCCUCGACGUCCUAGCCAGCAUCACCGUACAGCUCCAGCUCAAGUCAGCCAACCGCAGCUUCCCACAGACGAAGAAGUGUCUAGAAGAGGCCAUCAAUACUUACCCCGGCGCCGCUACCGACUCCUAGUACACAGAAACCAUUCAGAUGCUUCAAGAAGUGCAAGCUGAUCAAAAUCUUUAUGUCCACAGUACCUGUCCACACGCUUCAAGAUAUGCAAGUUCAUUAUAAUCAGUGUGCCUCACUCAUGGAAUAAUGAUUUCACACAUUUUAAAGCCUUGUCUGAUUUUGGGUAUUGUUGAAACAAUGGUUAAUUGGGACACAGUAGUAAGGCAUAGUUUGUUUUAGUUACUUUACAGAAUUUUAUUGUGUCUUUUAUAAAAGUAAAUAAGGGAGGUAACUGUGAAUUCAGUUCUUACCUUGUGGACGUACAUUUUGGAAUUACAGAAACAUUUUGAAGGUAUUUGGCAAGUAUGUCAAAUAACACAUGAUAAAAGUCAGGAGAAGUAUAAAUGGUAUUAUUAUUAAAAAAAUGCAUUAUUUGAAAUCGUCAGAUACACUGAACAGUUAAAAAUAUUUUUGUGAUACAUAUCGUGGAAUGAACCUCAAUACACUGACAUACUGAUAAUGCACUGCACCUUUAAGUUAGGAUUGCCUGUAACGCUACAAACAUUCUUUGUGGAUCGGGCCCAGUCCCUUAGAACUGGCUUGCAUAUGUCUGUGUUGGUUUAGUUUUGAUAUAAAAAAGAUCAUCAGUGCAUCAAUAUUGCAAUAUCUGAUAUAGAGAACAUUUUCUUCAUGUAUGCUUUUUGUUAAGAUUAUGAUUUUAUCAAAUGUCUCCAUUCAGAAGUAUGAUUAUCAUCACUAUUCCUUGAAAUUUUAUGUAAACUGUGAACGAUUUUCACAUGUAUACAGUUAAACACUAAAGUAAAAACUUGGGAAGUGUGUAUUCCUUAUUUUGUCAACAUUUUGCGGUUGUGUCGCACCUCAGAUAAUUCCUGUAUUUAUGUAGGUCCCAACAACUUCGACAUCUUAGUGUUUUAAUUUUGUAUUUUGUUUAUGGUUCUAACAGAAAGUUGUGGUACACAUUAUGUUAAGCAAAAAUGCUUUUGUAGAUCAUGAAUGGCUGUGGCAAAGUUAGGCAUUGGUGGGUCAUUAACUAAUCUUCACAAGCUUUGCUGUCUUUUAACUGACUGAGUUUAGUUUUACGCCGCUUUUAGCAAUAUUCCAGCAAUAUCACAGCGGGUGACACCAGAAAUGGGCUUCACACCUUGCACAAAUGUGGGGAAUCGAACCCUGGUCGUCAGCGUGACAAGUGAAUGCUUUAACCACUAGGUUACCCCACCGGCCCCGCUGUCUUUUUAAACAUUGAUACCUUCAAAAGGUCAACUCGGACGCUUCGGUCCUCCUCUCAAGGUCAUACUGUCACGGUCACAGCUGGAUUAAUAUCCAAGGAUGAGACAAUAUCUAGUAUGCUUCUUGGUGCCAAAAAUAUAAUGUGUGAUAUUUGUAAACAAAUGUUAUUAAACAUAAAUACAUAAUCAUUAUUUUUCAUUGACAUAUCAAUCCGAUAUGUUGUUCAUAUUUUCUCUUGUUGUGUCACAGUUGUGAGAAAUCAGUGUUUUGUAUUCCAAUUUCAUAUAUUUGCUUUUAUAAAUCAAUUUCGCAAAUUUUCUUAUUGUGAAGUGUGAGAGAUUCCUGGGUAAUACAGUACCCAGGUCAUCAGUAACUAUGGCAACCACUGCUUGGCACAGGAUUAAUCUUCUGACGGUAAGAGUGUGUACUACUGGCAAACAAGGAUAAGUUGAGCACCGACCUGACAAUUGACCCAUAUUAGCAUUUAUUAGUGCCGCCUACUGGCGCU